UAAAUGGGGGAUUCAUAGAAUUCAUUGAAGAAGGAGCAUUUGAAGAUUUAGGCAGUUUAGUAACUUUGGAUAUGUCUUAUCAACAAAUUAGUAGUCUAUCCAAUCAGACAUUCUUUGGCUUGAAGAAUGUGAAAAAUAUUUAUUUGCAGCACAAUAAAAUAUCAUUCUUGAAUGAUUUUCAUCCAUUCUUGCAUACGCCUAAUUUAGAAACUCUUGACCUGCAUUCAAACAAAAUUGUUAAUAUACCUAGUCAUAUAUUCAUGAAUUUGAAUUCCAUUAAUACCAUCCAUCUAAAAAAUAAUUUUAUUCAACCUUGGGAUGAAGAACUUUUACCGAAAACUUCAAAUUUUACUACUUUUAUAGUAGCCAAAAACAAGAUUACUCACUUUACAAGCCAAAUGUUCAGUGACGUCAAGCAGUUGGAGUUCUUUGACUUUUCCGAAAAUCCUAUAAAUUGCUCUUCUUGUUCUACCACAGAAUUACAAACUUGGAUGAAUCAAACAAAUAUCUCAAUCUCGCAACUAUCUAUUGCAGAUAAAUAUACGUGCAAAGAGCCUUCCUCUUUGAAGGGAGUUUAUAUACUUUAUGCCGAUUUAUCUUCUGUUUUAACACAUUGUCUUCCAGUAGAAUAUGAUAUUGCAAAAGUUCUGUACUGUACGUUUGUGCCAUUGUUCGUGUUAGGUUUUAUCGCUGCUUUUGUUUGGUAUCAAUGGAAAUGGAACAUCAGAUAUGUAAUUUUUCUUGCUCGUUCCAGAGCGAAGAAAUGCAAAGCUAAAAAAACAGCAGAUCGUUAUGCUUUCGAUGCCUUUAUUUCGUACUGUGAAAAAGAUUUACCUUGGAUUAGGAAAGAGUUGGUUCCGAAUAUUGAAGACGGAGAACCAGAGAUUCGUUUAUGUUUGUCUGACAGGAAUUCGAUGCAGCACAUCCACGAUGGACAAUGUUGCGGCAGAUAUGAACAGAGUGACGACAGUUCUGUUUGA